AUGCAUGGACAAAAAACUACAUUUUGCAUAGUUCUUAUAGUCAUAUGUAGUAAUAAAGUUUCAUACUUUAAAAAUAGUUCUGCACAAAUAGAUGCAAAACAUAAUCUUCACAGUGGUAUUUUUCAUCCUGUUUUACGACAAUGGCAGUCUCCAAAUGUGGAAAUAACAGUUAAUAAUCUUAUGUAUCCAAUUUUUAUCUCAGAUGAACAAGAUGCUAAAGAAGCAAUUGCUAGCAUGCCAGGUGUUUUUCGCUAUGGCAUUAAUCAUGUGCGAAAACUGCUACAACCACUGGUAUCAAAAGGAUUACAAUCAAUAUUAUUAUUUGGAGUAUCAAAACACUUGAAAAAGGAUCACAUUGGAAGCAAUGCAGACAGUGUACAAAAUCCUAUUAUUCAAACUGUACCAUUGAUAAGACAAUGGUUUCCAAACUUAUUAAUAGCAUGUGAUGUUUGUUUAUGCCCUUAUACCAUUCAUGGGCAUUGUGGAAUUUUAAAUGAAGAUGGAAGCAUAAAUAAUAAAGCUAGCAUUGAACGAAUUUCAGAAGUUGCUCUUGCAUAUGCAAAAGUUGGAGCUCAAAUUGUGGCCCCAUCUGAUAUGAUGGAUGGAAGAAUAGGAGCAAUAAAAAAGAAAUUAAUAGAAACUGGAUUGGUAAAUAAAGUUGCAGUUUUGUCUUAUGCUGUGAAAUUUGCAUCAGGAUUCUAUGGACCUUUUAGAGAUGCUUCACAGUCUGCACCUAAGUUUGGAGAUAGAAAAUGUUAUCAAUUACCUCCAGGAAGUAAUGGAUUAGCAGCUAGAGCAGCUGCUAGGGAUGUUUCUGAAGGAGCUGAUAUGCUGAUGGUAAAACCAGGUUUACCUUAUUUGGAUGUUGUUAGACAGACAAAAGAUGCACAUCCAGAAUAUCCAAUGUUUGUAUAUCAGGUGUCAGGAGAAUAUGCUAUGCUUUAUCAUGGUGCACAAAAUGGCGCAAUAAAUUUAAAGAAUGUUUUGAAUGAAGUUCUUUUAUCAAUGAGAAGAGCAGGAGCUGAUUGCAUUAUAACAUAUUUCACACCAUUAAUUUUAGAUAUGUUGCAACCAAAAAGUAAAUGCUAA